AUGGAGUCGGAAAAGCAGCGGCAGCACGAGGCCGAUAGCCUCAGGCAAGUCGCCUUCUUCGGCGUCGCCUUGUCCACCAUUGCCACCUUCGUCUGCGUCAUCUCUGUGCCCAUGGUCUACAACUACAUGCAGCACGUCCAGUCUGUCAUGCAGAGCGAAGUCGACUUUUGUAAAAGCCGCUCCGGCAACAUCUGGAGAGAGGUGACCAGAGCUCAGGUAGGAUAACAUUUUUGGAACAAUUAUUGAUGAUAAAGUACAAAUUUUUAAAUACGUGUUUUAAUUAUUUUUAAAAAAAUUUUUGUGCAAUUUUUGCCACUUUAAAAAGUUAAAUUAAAAAUCAGGGUUUUCGUGAUGAGACCCUUUUUAACAAAAUUUUUUAAAACAGGUGGUUUCACAACAUAAAAAGUUGUUUUUGUAAUAAGCUAUGUACAUAUUUGUUAAAUAUUUCAUGUUUUAGCGAUUAAAAGGAAGAUAAAAGUUUUCGUGAUGGGACCCAUUUUUUAAUAUUUUUGGUCAAAAAUUAAUUUUGAUAUUGCCUAAAGUUAUUAUUAUGACAACAAAUAUCCAUUUUUUCCCUUUUUAUUCUUUUUUACCUUAAAAUCAUUGAAAUUCAGGGUUUUCGUGGUGGGACCAAUUUUAUGAAAAUUUUUUAAAAAUAUGUUAAUAAAUCAUAUUUUGGCUAUAAACUUAAACUUCAAUUUUAUAAAAUUAAUUUGAAAUUAAAAUAUCUUGGUUUUUUAAUUUUGUCUUAUAAAUUUUAUGUUGUUGUAGGUCCUUUCCAACGUCAACCCACGUCGCGCUCGUCAAGCCGGCUACUCGUACGGAGAACCGGCCGCCGUCUCCAACUACCAACCCCAAGCCUCCAUUCCCGCUGCCCAACCAACUGGAUGUUGUGGAUGUGGUGUAUCACCACCAGGCCCACCCGGACCACCAGGACCAGACGGACAAGAUGGUGAAGAUGGCCAGUCCGGCAACCCAGGACAAGACGGUCAACCAGGUGCUCCACCACGUCAAGCUCAACCUAUCGCCAACCCAUGCCAAACCUGUGCUCCAGCCUCGCCCGGUCCAGCCGGUAACCCCGGUCCAAAGGGUCGACCAGGAAACGCCGGUCAACCAGGCAAGCCAGCUGACGGUGGAGUACGUGGCCCACCCGGUCCACCCGGACCUCCAGGACAACCAGGUCAAGCUGGCUACCCAGGCCAGCCCGGACAACGUGGAACCCCAGGUACCGUGCGUGACGUACCCGGCCGUCCAGGCCCAGCUGGACCACCCGGCCCACCAGGACAACCCGGCCAGCCCGGUGAAGGCGGUCGACCAGGAAACGACGGCCAAGCCGGACAGACCGGACCAGCCGGAGAUGCAGGACAGCCCGGUUCGGCCGGUAAGCCAGGUUCGGCCGGAGACGGUGGAGCUCAGGGACAACAAGGUGCUCCAGGCUCGUGUGACCACUGCCCACCACCACGGACCGCGCCCGGCUAUUAG